AUGGCGGAACCACCGGAGCCCGCACUCACCGAACAGCCGCAACUUGUCAACGGCGACGGGCUGAACGAGGAACAGGAGGACGCCACAGACACGUCCGAAGGCGCUAAGAAAAGGAGAAAAAAGAAGAAAAAGAGCAGGACUGCGGGCUUAGCAGGGACGAAUGAAGCUGAAGGGGAUGGAGAAGCCGGAGGUUUUGGUGAUGUUACAAAACAGUUGGAGCUGCAAACUCUGGAGGACAAAGAGCGAGAGGAAGAUGGAGAAGAAGAUGGAGAUGAAGCAGAGAGCUCAACGUCCAAAAAGAAAAAGAGGAAGAAAAAGAAGAAAGGAUUGAGGGGACAGACUGACCCUCCCUCAGUCCCUAUUUGUGAGCUCUAUCCCAGCGGAGACUUUCCAACAGGAGAGGAGUGCGAGUACCCCCCAUCAAAAGACGGGCGCAGUGCAGCAUGGCGGACCACCAGCGAGGAGAAACGUACUCUGGACCGGGCCAACGAGGAGAUGUGGAGCGAUUUCAGGCAGGCGGCCGAGGCACACCGACAGGUCCGGGGCUAUGUGAGGAGCUGGAUCAAACCCGGCAUGACCAUGAUUGACAUCUGUGAGAAGCUGGAGGACUGCUCCAGAAAGCUCAUCAAAGAGGACGGGCUGAGGGCCGGUCUGGCCUUUCCCACCGGCUGCUCCAUAAACCACUGUGCUGCUCACUACACGCCCAACGCAGGGGACCCCACUGUGCUGCGCUACGAUGACGUCUGCAAGAUCGACUUUGGGACGCACAUAAACGGGCGAAUAAUCGACUGUGCCUUCACCGUCACAUUCAACCCAAAGUACGACCGGCUGCUGGAGGCGGUGAGGGACGCCACGAACACGGGCAUCAAGUGCGCUGGGAUUGACGUGCGCCUGUGCGAUGUGGGCGAGACCAUUCAGGAGGUCAUGGAGUCCUAUGAAGUGGAGAUAGAUGGAAAAACAUAUCAAGUGAAGCCAAUCAGGAAUCUCAAUGGGCACUCUAUCGGGCCGUACCGAAUACACUCAGGCAAAACUGUCCCGAUUGUCAAAGGAGGAGAGGCCACAAGAAUGGAGGAGAAUGAAGCUUAUGCCAUCGAGACGUUUGGCAGCACAGGGAGAGGCGCGGUCCACGACGACAUGGAGUGUUCCCACUACAUGAAGAACUUCAACGUGGGACAUGUGCCAAUAAGACUUCCAAGGGCUAAACACCUGCUCAACGUCAUCAACGAGAACUUCGGGACGCUGGCGUUUUGCCGGCGCUGGCUGGACCGUUUGGGCGAGAGCAAGUACCUGAUGGCGCUGAAGAACCUGUGUGACCUGGGCAUCGUGGACCCCUACCCCCCUCUGUGCGACAUCAAGGGCAGCUACACGGCCCAGUACGAGCACACCAUCCUGCUGCGGCCCACCUGCAAAGAGGUGGUGAGCCGGGGCCAGGACUACUGA